UGACAGUUCUACAGCUUUCUUUGACAAAAAUCAGCCUGUUUUUCUUUUCAUAAACAAUUCCUUUUUCGAAACACCAAAAAGGAUGGUGGGCGCUAUGCCUGUAAAUUUAAUACCAAAAUUUUGCAACGGUACCAUGGAAAGUCAUAAUGGUACGGAGGAUAGCGAGUUCCAGGUCCAUAUCGGAAGUCGCAUCAAGUGUGGUGAUGAUUUUGGUACCGUGAAGUAUAUAGGGGAAGUUCAGGGAUAUAAAGGUGUUUGGUACGGGGUGGAAUGGGACAAUCCGACGAGAGGGAAGCACGAUGGAUCUGUGGACGAUGUACAAUACUUCAAGACCUCUAAACCAGGCGCAGGGUCAUUUAUUCGACCAAACAAGAUUGGUCCUUUCAAGACUUGUGCUGAUGCUAUUCGACGCUAUUACGGAGACCGAGAGGAUGAGACAGUAGCCGCUCACCGCAGGACGGUGAUCAACGAGUGGAAGCGUGAGAUGGGAGCCCCCUUCAUCGAGAUGGUGGGCUUUGAGAAGAUACAUCAGAAACAAAAAUUCGACCGUCUUCUGGAGGUUUGCGUGCACGACCAGAACGUGGCGAAGGCCGGCGACGUGUCAGCGCUGUGCCCCCACGUACGCAGCCUGGAUGUCUCGCUGAACCUGUUCUCCAACUGGCGGGAAAUCAUCCAGUUGUCCGCACAGCUGCCUGACCUCCGGGAGCUUGACGUCAGCAAAAACCGCAUGGCGAUCGAUAUACCAGAGGAAACCUUAAUCCAGCUCUCCAAGAAUUUCAUGAACCUUGAAAAACUGAACAUUUCUCACUGCGACUACGAAUGGGCAGACAUUCUGGCGCUAUCACACCUCUGGCCGAAUGUCAACGAAGUCAUUGCCGCCUACAACCGAAUUAAAACUAUAACCCCGCCAUAUGACACAUUAAGUUCGCUGACAACACUGAGAUUAGAUGGCAACCCCAUAGAGUCGUGGUACGAAAUAUUGAACUUGGGAAGACUGAAAAAUUUAAAAGUGCUAAGCCUAAAUGAUUGCCAGAUUGAAAAAAUAAGGUUCAACGAUGAAGGAAACGAAAAAGUUGAUGUCUUUGAAAAUUUGGAAGUUUUGUUUUUGAACAGGAAUAAGAUUAACGAUUGGCGAUCUCUCAGCGAACUGGACAAACUGAACGGGCUCAAGAAGCUAUACUUCCUCAAGAACCCGAUACAAAACACUGAGGAUUACGACACCGGGUCACAGCUUGUUAUCGCGAAGAUUGGCACGCUAAUGGAACUGAACGGCUCAACGAUAACCCGGGAACUUCGUCGCGGCGCAGAAUACGACUACUUGAAACGGUACGGAGCCGAGUGGAAGCUAGCGCAGGCCGACCCGCCCGCCAGGCUGGCAUUCCAUGUUGAACACUGUCGGUUCAAUGAACUCAUUCUCAGAUAUGGCAUUCCCGACGACAGCCUCCUCGUCAAACGACCGAAAUCCAUGACCCUCACAUCCCAGCUGCUAGAAAUAACACUGCGCGACGAAACCGGCAAAUCAUACAAGAAAAAGUUCCCAUCCACAAUGUCUGUACAAAAACUGGUCACACUGGCUCAAAGGUUAUUUUCAAAAGGCGUGUACAACGGACCACCAACGUUAUAUCUCCUCGACGAUCAAAUGCAAGGUGCUGAAAUAAUACUAGACAAUAACAUGAAAGAUUUGGCAUUUUUCUCUGUCAAAAAUAACGAUGUAAUUGUUGCAAAAUUCAGAUAAUUAUUUUAUUAAUUGGCAACUCCAAGGUCGUUCGGAAAGUACGUAAUUUUAAAUCAUUUUUUAAAGUGAUUUUUCUUUUUGACAAAUUAAUAAUCAAUUAUUUAUUGCAAUUAAUAAUUAUAUACUUAUUAUUAUUACACCGAUGGGACGGAUUGAACUUUCUAAUGCAAAUUCCGAAAUGAUUUAAUGCUACAGAUGCUAAAAAAACAUAGUUCAAAGUCUGUAAAAAUGUUAUAUAAAAAAUGUAUGAAAACUUAUGCCUUCCUCUGCUAUAUUUGGUCUUGAUGAUAAUUGUAAUAUAUACAUUAUCAGCCCUGUUAUGCCAUUUAAACUAAUUUUUAUAUCUAAAGAUAUCUACGGGGCUAUGCAUUGUGAAAAUAGUACUUUCCGAAACCUAAUACUAAAUAUUAGAGGUUAUUUUUAAACCUCUAUAUUUUAUUGGCGGCAUUUUUUAUUUAUUUAGAAGACGUCACGUCACAGUAUUGAGCUUUGUAUAUAAAUAACUUUAUGUCGAAAUUGUACCUGUAUUUAUUGCGAAUAUUAUUUUCCUGAAAUAAAUGUCCAUUAUGUAUUUUUA